UUUGUCUCCGAUUUGUAUAAUUGUAUCGCUGACACCGUUGAAAAACGUCAAAAAUAUUGGAAAAAAAUUGUUGCAAGUUUCAAUCAAAUGUGAAAUCAUAAUUUCACGCCAUAUUGUUUAUGAGAAUGACGAUAAAAUCUCAAGGAGUAGCAUUUGGUUACGGCUUUGCCAUAUUUAUAAUAUGGUACCUAUCAGGCUUUGACUGGACCCCAAGAACCAACAAGCGCUUGGAUGCAGCCAGGGGUGCAAUCAAAAUCGAAGACCCUUUUGCAGAAACAAAUUUGGAAACAAAUAUAAAAUACAUUCUGCAAUGGACAAGGCCCACGAAGGAACCUUUUACUUUUAUGAAGGCAGGUCAAGAUCUGUUUAUCGAACGACGAUGCCCCGUGAACAACUGUUACGUCACAUGGAACAGAACUUUUUUAAGCAACCUCACAGACUACAACGCAGUCUUAUUUUAUUGUCAUGACGUAUCUCGUGGGUUCAUACGUAUACCAAAAAAGAGAUCGGGCCAUCAAAAAUAUGUUUUCGUCAGUCCAGAACCGGCAGCGUAUUACCCAGUAUACCACGAAAGGUACAAUGGUUUCUUCAACAUGACUUGGACUUAUAGGUUGGAUUCUGAGGUAUUUUAUGGCUACAUUCUUGUGAGGGAUAGAGAGGGCAAGAAAAUUGGUCCUAAAGAAAUAAUGCACUGGCCAAAAACAUCAGAAAUGCUACGUAUUAAUCAUAAGCUCAAAGAAAAACUGAAUCGCAAAAGGAUCGCUGCUGCUUGGCUGGUGUCAAAUUGUCAUUCUCUCGGUGGAAGGGAAGGGAUUGCACUAAAAAUAAAGAACGAAUUGAAAUCGAAGUACAAUAUGACACUGGAAAUAUUUGGUGCAUGUGGGCACAUGCUGCCUGAUAUGUUUUGGCAAAUGUUGGAGAGAGAUUACUAUUUUUACUUUUCGUUUGAGAACUCUAUUAGCGAAGACUAUGUCUCAGAAAAGUUGUUGAAUGCGCUGCAACACUACAUGGUGCCUAUUGUCUAUGGAGGAGCGAAUUAUACCAGGUUCAUGCCCGAUGGGAUGUAUUUGAACGCCCGAUCUCUUACGGUGGAAGAGCUCGUGAAGCAAAUGGUAUACAUUAUCAACGACAAGGAGAAAUACUACGAUUUCUUCAGGUGGCACAAUCAUUAUACUUAUCACUACGCAGGCGAUACACCCGACACUGAUUAUUACUGCGAAUUCUGCAGAAAAAUUAACGAUGACAAGUUCAUGAGUCGAGUAACUGUUAAGAACGACUUCGCGAAAUGGUGGAACGGUUGGAAUAUUGGUGAAUAACAAGUGAUAUUUUGCUCUCGUAUUUUUAGGUAUUUUGAUAUGUUUUCUUUACAAUUUUUUAUAUUUUUUUAGAAUUUUUAUCUUUACUAUUAUUUUUUAUAUUUUACUUUUACAUUGUUUUUACAUGUUUUUUAUUACAUUUAUUUUUUUACUUAAA